CUGCCUGACUGUCCUUCUCUGAGCAGUCUCUCACCACCUCAGUGCUACAGACUCCCUCUGUAACCAUGUCCGUCAGAGCCUUGAAGACAUCCACUUACUCCACUGUGUCUUCUCACAGGGGCCCAUCCCAAAGCUUCAGCAGCCGCUCCUUCUCUGGCUACGGUGGUGCCAAGCAGAGCCAAGCUGUCCGCAGCUCCUACGGGGGAGUGGGCAGCAGUGGUGCUACUGUGGGUGCCGGGGGGUUUAAGGUGGUCGGUGGGUACAUUGCUGGGGGUGCUGCGCAAAGAGGUGGCGGGGUAGAGUUCGGCUACAUGGGAUUUGGUGGAGGUAUGGGAGGUGGCAUGGCCAAUGAGCUGGUGGCCCCCAUCACGUCAGUGACCGUGAACAAGAGCCUACUGGCGCCCCUGAACUUGGAGAUUGACCCCAGCAUUCAAGUGGUCCGCACCCAGGAGAAGGAGCAGAUCAAGAUCCUCAACAACCGCUUCGCCUCCUUCAUUGACAAGGUACGUUUCCUGGAGCAGCAGAACAAAGUACUGGAGACCAAAUGGAAACUUCUGCAGGAACAGACCACGUCUCGGUCCAACAUCGACACCAUGUUCGAAGCUUACAUCGCCAACCUGCGCAAGCAGCUCGACAACUUGGGUCAUGAAAAAGUCAAGCUGGAAUCUGACCUGCAUCACACGACAGGCCUGGUCGAGGACUUCAAAACCAAGUAUGAAGAUGAGAUCAACAAGCGCAAUGAAUGUGAGAACAACUUUGUCCUCAUGAAGAAGGAAACAGAUGCAGCCUUCAUGAUUAAGACAGACCUUGAAGCCCAACUCGAUGGGCUCUCUGAUAAGAUUGACUUCCUCAGGCAGAUCUACGAUGCAGAAAUCAUGGAGCUCCAGGGCCAGAUCAAGGACACAUCCGUUGUGGUGGAGAUGGACAACAGCCGUUACCUUGACAUGGACGCCAUUGUCGCUGAGGUGCGCGCCCAGUAUGAGGAUAUCGCAAACCGCAGCAGAGCAGAGGCUGAGUCGUGGUACCAGACCAAGUACACAGAGAUGCAGCAGUCCGCUGGCAAAUAUGGUGAAGACCUGAAAUCGACAAAGGCUGAGAUCGCUGAAAUGAACCGCAGGAUAAUGAGGCUCCAGUCUGAAAUUGACAUGGUUAAAUCACAACGAAACAAUUUGGAAACUCAGAUCGCAGAAGCUGAGGAACGUGGUGAGCUGGCAGUGAAGGAUGCGAGACUCCGCAUGAGAGAGCUGGAGGAGGCUAUGCAGAGAGCCAAGCAGGACAUGGCCCUGCAAGUCCGCCAGUACCAGGAACUGAUGAACGUGAAGCUGGCCCUGGACAUUGAGAUCGCCACCUACAGGAAGUUGCUGGAGGGAGAGGAGGACAGGUUAGCAUCUGGAAUCAAGACCAAUAUAUCAAAACACACAUCUGUGAACUACAGUGCCUACGGCCUAGAGAGCUCCCGCACCCCAGUCUACGCCAGCAGCUCCUUUGGAGGAUUCAAGGCCAGCAGCGGUGCCAUCACUGCCCUGGAGGGAGGAGCUUUAAAGAGCACAACAGUCACCAAGACAGAAACUGUGGUGAUGAAGACAGAGGAGAAGAAGAUAGAGGAGACAAAGAUAGAGGAGACGAAGACAGAGGAGAAGGAGACAGAAGUGAAGGAGGAGAAGGAGGAGCUGGAGGAGCAGGCAGUGAUCGAGGAGCCGGCCACAGUGGAGCAGAAGGAGCAGGAACAGGUGGAGGAUGUGGCUGAGGCUGAGGCUGAGGCUGAGGCUGUGGCUGAGGCUGAGGCUGUGGCUGAGGAGUGAUGAGUUCAGGUUUAUGGUUUUUGGUCUUGGUUGUUAAGAAAAAACACUCUUGCUCUUCCCUCCAGUUUUUUAAUGGUUCGUUCACCAAAGUGCCUGCACUAAAUACACAGACACAACUUUCUGUCUGAUGAACAGGUGCUAAAUAAUGAGAUUAUAUUCUGGUCUUGUGAAGGCGUAUAAAUUCAGUGUGUGUGCGUUUUAUCAGUGUAACUGUGGCCUGACUGCACCACACAGGUUUAGCCAACAGGUGGCAGUGCUGUAUCUGUUUUCCUCUGCUGAUGGUUUGAACAACAUGAAGCACAGUAAAAACUCUAACUUCAAAUUAAAUCAAUUUUGAUAUGAGCACUGUCGAGGAAAAUAAAGCAUCACCAUGCUAAACUCCUUGUGCUAAAACUGCUGUAUCCAAACAGUAAAAUAUAAAUCAAAUGCACUUCAUGACUUUUACUUAGAAAAACUUUUGUGGUUUUUCAGUGUGCUGCUGUUGGCAACACCUGGGGUCCUGUUUGCACAACAAUAAAUCUUCUUUAAACAGUAA